CUGAAUUUGCGAAUGCAGCAACAUCAAUUGGAAUGACACACUCUUUAGUACGUCGUGUCAUCGGACCAUACUUCAGUGAGAUGCUGCACUUUGCAUGGACGGGAAAAAAGCAAAUUGGUGGUAAGAGCGUCACUGCCUUAUCCAAAGUCAAAGGGCCAGCAAUGGCUGAAUUGAUGAACAAUCUUCUCAAAGCUUGCCUCCCAAACUUUGCUAGUGUCCAGUCGAAUGAGACACUAGUUGAUAGACUGCACUGUUUCUUGCAGCAACAGGAGUCUGACAGACCACAGGCAUCAGCUAGUGUGAGGACACGUGGUGGUGGUGGCAACAGUGAUGCUGAGGAUCACAAGUUGAAAGCGUUGGUCUUUUUUGCAACCGAAGGUCUUGGCAUGAAACCAAUGGUGCAUGGGGAAGAAAACAAGACCUUUGGCACCAAGCUCAAAUCGAUCAUGGACUUGUGUCAAGAGUAUCGAUCGUUUCGCGACACCCCACUGAUGAAGAACAUGAUGGUUUCAUUGGUGGCCGGAUGUUCUUGUGGCAAGACUGAAGUUAAGGGAGAGUGUGCAUAUCAUCAUGCCAGCGCCAACAUCAUGGACAUGACGUAUGAUGUGGCAAAGGUCCUGUUUGCACAGUACCCGAUGAUGGUCCAAGAUUGGAUCCAAUCAGUUGCGACUGCUUAUGCCCAGAGCUGGGAGCUUCCAGCCAUCCUCAAGAAUGUUGGGGUGGUUGCCGAUACUGUUUUGCUUUUCCAAAGUCUGCGGGUUGACUGUGUGCUGGCAAUGUUUGACUUCAUUGCCCGUGGGCAUGCAACGUUGCGCACUGCUGAUGAAGCAGAGAUCGCUGAAUCUGUGAAGGUGAUGCAGUCUGAAGGGGCCCACGCUCAUGAGCCUAUCGCUGCGAUCAUUGCGGUCUUGCGGCAAAAGAAGAUCAAGCGGAUUCUUGUGGCAACAGAUCGUUUCAUGAGUGAUCGCCAACAUUUCAUCGAGGGGUGGACGAAGCUGCUUGACAAGAGCUUGAAUCACAUCAGUGAAGGCAGCAAAGCUGCAAAACAGCAGCUAACAUUGGAGUUGGAAAAGUUCUUUCCUGCACUACAGGCUGAGUUAUCGUCAACUCAGACUCAACCAGCACAAGGUGCUGCCACGGCCGGUGUCAGUGCGACCGGGAAGGAAACUCUGCGACUUGCGGCUGCAGCUGAUGGAUCACAACAGUUCAACGAGUUGAUGAAGCAUCCAUCGGUCGCGGAAUGCACGAUCGACAUUGUCCAUGAGAAGGCCAUGAUCUAUGAAAGGCUUCUCUCUCUGGCACAGUCACGUGAUUCGCCAAAUUGGGAGAAGCUGCUUGUGAUCUUCGAUGCAGCUGACAUCAAGCAAACCACCUACGCUGUCAAAAUCAAAAUUGAUGGUGAUGAUGAACCCAAGAUUUUGACGACCAGUCAGUUACUUCGUUCUGGUGCUGCUGCCCACUGUGAAGGAAAACAGCUAGUAGUCUUGGAAUCAUCAGGUGCACUGGCGGCAUCAAUGGCCAAUCAAAGUCAAAGUGGCCAACCUGGUGAUGCAGCGACAGCAGAACCUGAAGAUGGCAUCAGGUUUUAUGGGAUGAAGGUUUCUGAGUUGACCCAGUUGACAUCGCUUGAGUUCACUUUCUUUGGAGAGGUAGGCUUGGAAGGGAAGGCGCCCACACUUGCUUUGACCUCGGCAACACCUGAUGAUUCAAAGUCUCCGGCUUUACCAUGGCAUAUCAUGGGAACCAAAAAUGACAACCUGAUGUCAUCAGAGUGUGCUUGUCCGGCAUGGUUGAUCCCAAAGGCAAAAGCUGCAGCCAAACCCACCAAGAAGGACAAGACAGACAAGGCCGACAAGACUGAGAAAGACAAACCAUGCAUCAGCAAGGACAACAUGGACAAGGACAAGGACAAGGACAAGGAGAACGAUCCAAUGACGGGGAACCAUGUACCUGAAGGAGAACAUGGUGAUCAGCCUGCUGCUGAGGAUGAUGACGAUUCCUCAGCAUUGAGCGCACUAGCAGCAGUUGCCUUGGGUACUCAAGUGAAGGGCGCUGGCAAGGGCGGUCGGGCAGGUCGGGGCAGAGGAGCACCCAAAUGCAAAGCUAAGGCAAAGGCAAAAGCGAAGGGCAAGGCGAAGAAGUCCGAUGUGGAACAGCUGGAUGGCUUAUCAGUGUUUGUUCAGCCUGUGUUGACGUUCGAUUCCGACCUCGUCACACCAUUGACGGUGAAGAGAGGCGACAGUGAGAAGGAUAUUGAGAUCAUUGUGCCCCGUUUGAUUGCCAACCCACUCUUCAAGCAGCUGAUGGAUAUGCCGAAGGAAGAACAACCACCAGUCAUCUACAUCCCUGUGCGUGAGAUCGGUGAGAAUGAAUGGCUCUUGACUCUCAGCCGUGGCCCUUUGCCAUGCGAGGUGCUGAAGAUGCAAGAGCGAUCGACAGAUCAGAAGGACAAGGAAGCUGUGGAACACCACUUGAAAGUCUUAGAGGCAUGGGGGAACAAACCCGUUUGGCAGGGCGUGCCAGACACGUUGGCAUCGGUGGUCACUGGUGCUACAAAACGUGGCAAUGCCAAUGACAAAUGCAGCAAAGACAUGCGACACUUAUCCGUGUGAUGAGUUGACAAUAGCUGUGCCUGUUUUGACCAUGGGUCUUUUGUGUUAUGCUACAAUGCGCUGACACACUUACGAUCAUACGAUCAUUUAAUUGAUUUCAUCGAAAUCGAUGAGAACUCUCAGUGAACUGGCGUAGUAGAUCAUGAGCUCACCAGGCUCGCAUUCCCAUUGCGCAAUUGAAC